AUGGAGGAUAUACUUUCCCUCGUCGAUGAGCACCCAACAUCAAUGCAGACAAUCGAGUCUAUAGGUAACAUGGGCGGGGUUAUCUCACACAACGAGGCAGUUGAUGUACCAAUUGACAGUCAUGGCAACCUGGAGGAAGACUGCACCGAAAGCCAAGGCGUGGUGAACGAGCACGAGCACGAGCACGAGCACGAGCACGAGCACUCGCGGCAGGUUCGGCCUGCUUUUGAUACUGGUCUUGAGGCGAAGGAUACCGAAGUCAUCAGCAAUAUGUGCUGUGCAGAGUCUUCUGUGGUCUCUUCUAGCGAGUCUGUCGGAGACACUGCCAAAGGAGAUCGUCCCAACCCGCCAACAUCAACACCAGUACCAACAACCACAACCACAACCACAACCACCAACAACCCAACCUACCACAACCUAACCCCACCACCACCCAUACCACUAGACCGCCCCAACCCAAUCCCGCAUCAACAAAAAAUUCCAAACAGCAAUAAAAGAAACCCCCCACAAACCGCCUAA